GCUGCAGCGCAGCUUCACGCCGCAGUCAGCUUGCAGGACGCAGCCACAGCGGGGGUGUUGCAUCUUAUGCAGGGCAGCCUUUGGGAGCUGUUUUGUCAGCAGGGAUUACAGGGUGGGGUUUCAGCUAUUUCGGCUGACACAAACUUGUAAGGUGUUUGAAACAAACAAACAAACCCCCAAACCAAACGCUGUAUUUGUGUUCCUAAAAGGGCCAGGCGUAAUCUGACUCUAUCACUCUGUGAAAGACGUAAACACAUUAAGUCUAGGUAUGAUAUAUUGCUAGAAAAUUUCCAGGAAGAAGCGAUAUCUUGUGAGAUUACUGUAAUUAGGAAUGUGUUUGGGCAUUUUAUGGGUGGAAAAUGAGUUAAACUUUCCGUCACACUGUUGCACUUAAAUGGCUUCUGUCUCCAGUUGCCAUCCAUCUGCCUUUCUGCGGUUCUCUGCGCUAGCUGGCAGGCAGUGAUGGUUUGUCCCUUCGAUUUAGCUGCAGCUUGGCACGAGUGGCUUGCUGCACAAGUUUCUCUGGUUUAAAUGCAGAUCAAAUCUGCAAAGCUGUGCUUUAGCUUCGGGAGAAGAGGAGAGUCAGUGCCCCAUGAAGGUGAAGGAGGAGAAGGGUGUCUGAACACCUAUGAGUGAGCUGCAAUGGAUAACAAAGACUCGGAAGCUGAGAUCCACCCUCUGAAGGCGGAGGAUGCAAAGGCUCAAGAGAACCACGAGAACUCUGUUGAGAGGAGAAUUAUCAUCAAGCAGUCGUCGCAGCUGUCUCGGCUGUCCCGCUGGCGCACCGCUGCCUUCUUCAUCUCAUUAUUUUUGUGUCUGAUAAUUGUGUUUGCCUUCUCGUUUAUCAUUCCUUGCCCAGAGAGACCCGUUUCAGAGAGAACGUGGCUCCGAAACUAUGACGAUGCAGUGGCUUACCAGUUUCUUGCUAUAGAAGAUGUGAACGAGGACAAAGUGCAAGAUGUCAUCUUUGCUUUCAAAGCCAGCAAUGGCAGCAGCAGCUUCAACAGCUCCUGUUUGGAUGAAGGUCUGCCUUCUCCGUGUGUCUUCAUCACUGCCGUGUCCGGCACGAACGGCAGAACGCUGUGGGAGAGGCCUGCUGCCACGGAGGUGGAAUGGAUGCAGUGCGGCAUCAAGCAGCUGGGAGCAGCCCCGGGCUGCCUGCUGGUGGGGCAGCCGGUGUCGCUGGCCGCAGUUGACCAGCAGACAGGGGAAGUUCAGUGGAGACAGUCCGAUGACUUUGGAGCUAAUUAUACUGUGCUGACUCCCUUGUCGGUGAUUCCAGAUGUGGACAGUGAUGGGGUUCAGGACCUGAUAAUCUUCAUUGCCACAGGAGAUAAGAUUAAGACCUUCAUCCAUUCAGGAAAAAAUGGCAAACAGAUUGGCACCACUGGAAGCCUGAACGUGGACGGGGAGGCUCGUUAUGUCAUGCUGAGCCUGGGCUCCUCCCACUACUUCCUUUUCUAUACAGCCAACUCUCUCUACGCGUAUUCCCUGAAAGAUCUCUACAGUGCAGCGACUGGGAUGGAAAUUAAGCUUCGUGGCCUCGAGCACGAUCCUCAGUGGGAGAAGAACAUCGACCGCACCACGCACCGCCUGCCCCCUCUCAGCACUGGAGACCUUCGUUACCUGGCAAAAAUUCCUGGUAGAUCAUGGGAGAACAUCCUGGUUGUGAGCUCGGAGAUGGCCACGCUGAUCAGUGCACAAAAUCUUCAGACACUGUGGACCCUCAACGUGUCCCGUAUCAGGAGCGAGCCACUGCUUGGUUACUACAAACCCGAUGUUCUUGAUGUUGUCCUUGAGAGUGAGAUUGGACCCAACAGGAAAAAGGUUAUGAUUGUUGAGGGUGGAUCUGGAGCAGUCCAAUGGGACCUGAAGCUGAACUCCAGAGCAGAGAGCCCCAGGCCAGGCACACUUUCUACUGCUGAUCACCGGUCCACCUUCCUCAUCUGGGGCGAAUACCAAGUAGCAGGAAAUGAAACGGUAUCAACAGCUCCUCUACAGAAGCUGUAUCUUUUCCAUCCUUCCUACACUAAUGUCCUGUUGGAGCUCCGCAACAACACAGACCAGAUAAUUGCCUUCAGUGCCACGCUGUUCGAGCGGAGCCGGCACGCCUGCUAUGUGCUGUUGAGGGGGCCUCAACCCGGCGAGGAGCCUGGGCUGGUGUCUCUGAUGAAGCGUAAGCUGAAGGAGGAUGUCUCUGAGAGCAGGGUGAUCUGGCUGAGCCAGGUGGCUGUGGACAGUGAGCAGUACAUCCGUGACCGCCUCUACAGGAUGCGGUUCCACAGCAGAGUGUGAGCUUGCCAGGAGACCGGGAGAGUCUGCAGGCUGCCUCUCCUCUGCAGCAGUGCUCUUAGCAAACCCAGAUCAUGGAUUCCAAUGGGAAGCUGCCUUUCUCGAUCCGCAAACCAAAGCGUGGCCGGCAGAGAAGCACCCCCAGUGCCUGGGUAUGCCCAGGAUGAGGGAGCAGCUGCCAGUGCAUCCGUUGUCAGAGCUGAUGGGACUUCAGUGCUUGGCCACCACUGAAGUGUCGUGAGCUCAGGGACGAGGGCUUUCCCCUUGGUCUUUUUGUGCCCACAGAACUGUGCUGGCUCAGCCUGUAGAUGGAGGAAAGAGUGCUCACUGGGAAUUCCUGCACUGAUUGUUUCUUGGGUGCUUGCAUGAGAAGUGGAGCUUCUGUGUGUGGUGUUAGGUUUCCUUUCUGAGUCAGCUCUCCUGGCUGCCAGAGAGGUGCUUGGCUGCAGGCUGAUUUACAGUUACCCUCUCCUGAAUUUGGGCCCCUGCUUCAGUAGUGGGUAUGUGUAGUGCUAGAUUCCAGCCUUAUGAUUGGGCUAGGUCUUACCUGGGCCAGCAGAGCGCAGGUUGAAGUGUCAUUCUACUUAGAAAAUGACCUUUUCUCCUAAGAACAGCCCCAUAUGCCUCCCCCUGCAGACAUGAGCCUACCUAUGUUUUCUGUGCUGCUUCCUUUCCGGCCAGGCUGUGCAGUACUGGUGACACAGAAAGGGAGCUGGGCUCCUACCUGACUUAUGCAUCAACGUUCCCCUCACCCCAUUGUGUGUUUAUAGGGGAUAUGAAAACCACCAUGAGCCUAGGUUGGCUGGUCCCUGCAGGUACGGACACCACCUCUCCUCUCAGUUUCAAGGUAGAGGGGGAUCUUGGCCAUUUUUUAAGAGUAGAAUUGCACUUUAACCUCUCCUGUUUGGGAAUCCUGUUCCCAAAUGGCAAUGCCAACUGUCCUGCAAAUGCUCCUGCAGCCUUACAGCUGCCAUGGAGCCCCAUCUGAGCAUGGUCCCCUCUGCCAGGAGAUGGUUAUGCUGCAAGACAGACAGGAGCCACUUGGUGAAACGACACGAGCUGUUUUUGCAGCACAGCUCCAUGGAGAGCUCUGUGCUGCCUCCUUGCCCUGGAUUGAAGCAAUGCUGGGUGAGGAACUCCAGGUUGUUGGCUCCGAGGGGCCAACCUGGUGGCCCUAGGGAAUGGGUUGCUGUGUGGAGGUGGCAUCUCGCUUGGAGGCUUCUUCAUCGUGAGGUGUACGCUGUGGUGGGCACCAGUGCAGGCUGUGGAAGCAGCGUGCAAAGCCUGGAAAAGAUUUUGAGUUGGCUGCCUGGUCUGAAGCCUGCUGUCCCUGCCCCAGCUGCACUGAGACACGACCACUGUUCGUACACUGGUGUCCAUUUGAUUGCUGUGAAGAAGGUGGGCAGAAAACGCACAGCUUAGCGUGAUGGAGUUUGUGCCCUAGAAACCUCUCCGUUUCGUGGUGCUGAAGGGGGUUUAGCCAGCACCUUCCUCCCUUGCAUAGCCUGAGACCGUUGCAUGAGUAGGCACAGGGUGAGCACCUUGCACCAGGUUGUGUAGAGUCCUGGCAGCUCUCCCAGUCCUGCAGCAAGGCGAGCUGCAGCGUCUGCCACAGCGGCAUAGUGCUUGGAGCAGGCACCUGUUGCUGCUGUCAGGUUGCUCUGGGGCUGCCCGAAGGAUGCACCCCGGCCCAGGGCUGAGUGCUGCAGGUCGUGUCCCGCUGCAGUUCUGCAGCUGGGAGCAACGUAGCUGGGCUGGAUUCUCAUCAUAAUGACGCUGUCCUUCAUCUUCAGCUCCUGACUCAGACCUGACUUUUCCAGUCGGUAACACUGAACGUCCCUUCAGGAAUGCUGGGUUUCUGGCUCUGGGGGGCUUUUCUGGCUUUAAGUUGUCCUUUCGUGUUUCCAAAUACUUUGGAGACCCAGAGUUCCCUGUGGCAGCUCAACUAAAUGCAUCAGUGCCAAACCAGCACCUUCUUAACAAGUCCUUUUUCCAGCUUCUUUCCCUGUGUAAUUGUUUUUGCAGUAUUUAAUGAAUGACUUCGUGCCUUGAUUCAAUAACUCAGAUGGGUGAUGAUGGUAUUAUAUCACUGUGUUCUGCAUUCGUGUGUUUUUUAACACUAAGACUGUUCGGUUCUUUAACUUAUUGCAAAUUGUGCUGUACAGGACUCGGUCUAACUGUAAUGGUUUCAAUAAAUCCUCUUUUGCAUUGUUUGUAAA